CCCCAGUAGUCUUUUCGUCGCCUUUAUAAAUCGAUGCUUGAUGGUACCGCAAUAACUGGUUUGAUGGAAUCCCAUCAGAAAACCCGACACUGACCGAGGCAAAUAUUUGGUCGUUUCAGCGAGAACCAGAAGACGGAUUUAUCCAAAGGAGACAUGGAUCUGUUUGGUGAAGAAUAUGAUAAUGACAAUCGUGAGCAAGAUGAUGGAUCCCGCGAAUCCUCUUCCUCUCCGUCAAGAUCAUCAUCCUCAGCCGCUUCAUCUUCGUCAUCUUCUUCGUCUACCUCCUCAUCUGCGGCGUCUUCAUCCAACGCCAGUGACGGGAGGAGCAGCAGUGCGAGUGGAAGCGGAAGCAGUGGAGGGGAAGAGGAAGAUAAUGGAGAAGAAGCAGAGAGUUACAAUAAUGAUAACAAUAAUCUUUCUAACAAUAAGGGUUUUAAUGGGGUAGAGAGAGAUCUUUUUGGGUCUGAUAAUGAAGAUUAUUGUAAAACCCCUGCUAUUAGCCCUUUCUCUACUCCUGUAUUGCCUGCACUACGCAAUCAUAACAACCAAGGUGGAAGAGGGGGUUUUGGUCGUGGGCGGUGGCAGGCCGGAUAUCAAAAUGAUAGAGGUGGUGCAGGCAUUCUUCCUCGUCCUGGACCUUACCCUCAAAGGCAGGGCUAUGGUUAUGGCCCAAAAUUUUCAAAUGGUCAUCGUGAUGACCGUUUCGUGUCUGAACUAAAGCUUUCAAAGAGUGAAGAAACUUUAUCAAGAAAAGCUACUGUUUUCAGGAGGUUGGUGAUUCUU